CUUGUAUGUAAUCCACGUGAUAUUCUACAUAGAAAUCUUCAAGAUCACUGCCUCCCUGCGAUCAAACCUCGAGACUCUAACCAACCUAACUUGAUAUCGGCGUAUUUUGGAUAGGAUAUGCAAUGAAACUUUCAGACAAAAUUGCUGCGUACAACUCCCCGCAUCCUUUCUACACCUUUGAGUUCUUUCCCCCUCGGACUGACCAGGGGUUCGAGAAUCUAAUUCCACGUAUAUCACGCCUGUCAAAUCUGAACCCCCUUGCGAUAAGUGUAACAUGGGGAGCUGGGGGCUCGACGAGAGAACGAAGCAUUGAUCUUGCAGGUCUGACCCAAUCAGAUUAUGGGAUUGACACCGUUUUGCACUUGACAUGCACAAAUAUGGUCCCAGGGAUGGUGGAUGAUGCUCUCAGGGCUGCAAAAGUGCGGGGUAUACAGAAUGUGCUCGCGCUACGUGGUGAUCCAUCCCGAGGAACCGAACAUUGGACUCCUGUCGACUCUCAAUUCACUUGUGGAAUUGACCUUGUGAAGUACAUCCGUUCUUCUCCGGAGUUUUCCUCCCACUUUUGUAUUGGCGUUGCAGGUAGGGCCCUUGUAUUUGAAUUCCUUGUUACUGAUAUAUGUGUAAUAGCCUACCCAGAAGCUCAUCCAGACCGCGAGACUGAUGAAGAAGGUAGCUUAAAUGUCUUGAAAGAGAAGGUCGAUGCUGGAGCAGAUUUUAUCGUCACACAACUAUUUUAUGACGCGGACCCAUUUCUUGAAUGGGUCGACAAAGUUAGAGCAAAAGGCAUCACUGUACCAAUUAUACCUGGUGUCAUGCCUAUUCAAACAUAUUCUUCCUUUUUGCGCUUGAUUAAGCUAUGUGGAGUCAAGGUUCCCCCAUCCGUCAUGGCUGCUUUGGAGCCUAUCUGUCAUGAUGACCAGCUUGUCAAGGAUUAUGGUAUAGGUCUUGCUGUCGACAUAAUUCGGAAGAUUACCUCCACAGGAACAAUCAAGGGAAUUCACUUUUGCACUCUAAACCUCGAGAAGAGUGUUCAGCUUGUGAUAGAGAAACUGCAGUGGGCAGGUGGAAGCCCGACAAUGAAGAACAGAUUGAUCGCUGAUGCUCCAGGACCGAUGAUCCAUGUACAGCUUGCUAAUUCCUCCGAUUUGGUCAUCGAUCCCACUACAGCAACAAACACAGCAACAAAUGCGCUGACGUUUAAGCAAACGUUGGACCCAGAUCCCGGCCGAGGGGAACUGAAUAAUGCAGCAACAUGGGAUGAUUUCCCGAACGGUCGUUUUGGCGACUACAAGAGUCCUGCGUUCGGUGCUCAAGAUCAGUGGGGUGGUAGUGGCCUGUGUCAGUAUGAAGGUCUUAGUGAAUGGGGCCAUCCAAAAAGCAGUGAUGACCUUACGUCGCUCGUCCUGCGCUACCUUCAUUCUGAGGUGUCUUCGUCCCCAUUUUCUUCCCUACCACUUUCUCCAGAGUCGCUGACUAUACUGCCCCACCUCGAGCAACUCACGAAGCGCGGGUGGUGGACGAUUUGCUCGCAACCCGCAGUAGACGGAGCGUGCUCUACCGAUGAAAUUUUCGGGUGGGGUCCGAGGGGUGGGUAUGUUUAUCAAAAAGGGUUCGUAGAGUUUUUCGUGGAAGAGCAAGAUCUAGAGAAGAUCGAGAAAAAGAUCAAGGAAGAGGGGCAAGGUUGGGUGCACUAUUUCGCCGGGAAUUUGCAAGGAGAAUGUAGAAGUAAUGUACCUGAUGACGGCAGGAACGCAGUCACUUGGGGUAUGUUUCCCGGGCAAGAAAUCACUCAGACGACCAUAAUCGAGCGUGAAUCUUUCCUGACGUGGAAGGAUGAAGCAUUCUCUAUCUGGGCUGAGUGGGCCUCCUUCUACCCACCAGGGUCAGAGGAAAGGGAGCUAUUGAACACUGUUCGCAGGGAGCGUUGGCUAGUGAGCAUCGUUCAUCAUGACUACAAGAGACCGGACGCGCUAUGGACGUUCCUACUGGAUGGAAAACUAUGACGUUUGUGCUAGUACGAAAUCGCCAUGUUCCAAUUUGUUGGAAUAGUUUUUGCUAAGUCUGUUUACAUAACUGGGAAAAUUUAUGAUUAGCUAAUGUAAAUUCUGCAAAUGAACCCGGCGAGCCGGAGAAUUCCAGGUGUGAGGCGUACUGCUAAGCGGCGUA